UGAGUGAAACAGUAUACCAAGACGUUGUUUCCUCGCACCAGCCUAGCUGCAUGGAGACAACAUUUGGUGCUGGUGUGUAUUCUCCUGUUACCACGGUAACCUGUAGAGUGCCAGAUGCUGAUGACGUGGACAGUGCUGUGGGUUCAUCAGCAUCCUAUGUCUUCAGUGGAAGUGAGGAUGGAAAUGGGUUAUCCAUUUUACAAGUUCCUUCUCACCAACGGUCUGGUUCAAAUGUCUCGAGUCGAUCAAUGAUGGAGGAAGAAGAUGAUGAGAUUUUGGUGUUCGUAGAGCCCCCUAAUAAACAGCUCUUCUGUGCUUUGUGCAAUAGGAUAUUCAAAGACCCAGCAAUUACAGCAUGUGGGCAUACAUAUUGUAGACGCUGCAUAGCAUCACACUCUGAAGAUUUCUGCCCUGUGGAUAAUAAGAAGCUUACAGUGGUUGUCAGUAACAUCGCUGUCUCAGAACAGAUCGGGGAACUCUACAUACGCUGUAAAUAUGGCUGCCGGCUUUCAGACGAUGGAACCAACUACACAGUGGACCCCUCAACAUGCCCCAUGACAGUGAAAAUUAGAAAUAGGAGAGAACAUGAAGGAGAGUGUGAUUAUGCCCCAGUGCAAUGCCCAAAUGAUUCGGAAUGCCCACCACUAUUGAAAAAGGAUUUGGAAGACCAUUUAAAAUCUUGUAACAGUGCCAGGUGUCCAUACUAUAAAUACAAUUGUAAUUUCCAUGGAACCCGAGAGGACCUGGAAGAACAUCUUAAACAAUGCAAGUUCGAGAAUAUGAAAGAGUUCAUCCAAAGGACUGAAGAAAGAGUUUCAGACCUUCAGUGUUCACUCUCACAGAAAGAACAGGAAAUAGGCUUUCUACGCACAAUGUUAGGCAAACUCUCAGAGAAGUUGGAUAGGCUGGAGAAAUUUGUUGAAAUCAAAGUUGAAAUCUUGGAAGAGAAACAGAACCAAGUAGUGAAUGAUGUUGUUGGUACAAGGAGAGAGUUGGACAACAUGGCUAAUGAAAUUCACAAAAUCAACAAUUUAAUAAACCAAGGAGUUGUGGGAGCUUUUGAUCCCCAACAGAUUUUCAAGUGUAAGGGAACAUUUGUUGGACAUGGAGGUCCUGUGUGGUGUCUUACAGUUCUUGGGGAGUUGUUGUUUAGUGGAUCUUCAGACAAAACAAUUAAGGUGUGGGACCUAUCAUCACGGUAUCAGUGCGUGAAAACCCUGGAGGGUCACUCAGGCAUUGUCCUCGCCCUCUGUGCAUUCGGUAACAAGCUCUACAGUGGCUCACAAGACUGCAAUAUCAUUGUCUGGGAUAUUGUGAACUUUGAGCAAGAGAAAGUGAUAGAGGCCCAUGGCAACCCUGUUUGUACCCUGGCUGCAGCUAGAGGCAUGCUCUUCAGCGGUAGUCUCAAGGUCAUAAAGGUGUGGGAUGCACAGACCCACAUAUUGAAAAGGGAGAUAACAGGGUUGAAUCAUUGGGUGAGAGCCUUGGUUGCCAAUGAAACCUACUUAUUCAGUGGAUCUUACCAAACCAUAAAGAUCUGGGACCUGGAGACGCUGGAAUGUGUUCAGAUCCUGGAGACCUCAGGAGGCAGUGUGUACAGCAUUGCCAUCAGCACACAGCAUAUCCUGUGUGGCACCUACGAGAACUGUAUCCAUGUAUGGGAGGCAGGGACAUACAAACAAGGAGUUACACUUGUUGGACAUUCCGGGACUGUUUAUGCCCUUGCUGUCAUGGACACGGUGAAUUCAGGGACAAAAGUUUUCAGUGCGUCAUACGACCGGUCAAUACGAGUGUGGAGCAUGGACAACAUGAUCUGUUCGCAGACUCUGGCUAGACAUGAAGGAAGUGUAGCAUGCCUUGCUGUGGCUAGAGGACGAUUGUACUCUGGGGCAGUGGACAGCACGGUGAAGGUGUGGCAGUGAGGAGACACGUUCCUUCAUCAGCGGCUGUCUGGUACAGAUGUGAUGCAGAUGUAUAGGUGUAAACAGACAAGCGAUUAGUGAAGUGUGGAGAGGCUUAUGUGAUAAGUUGUUAGAAUCUCACAAGUAGCAGAAGUCUAGACAAACAAAGUCUUAUUUGAUGUACAGUUGCUAUGUGAGCUGUUAUCAUGUAUGUGAUGUUAUCAUUGAUAUGAUGUUACUGUCUUCCAAUGUUUACAUCGAACCAUAUUCUCAUAGGUGAUUCAGAAAAGAAUCAAUUGCAUGUAAGUGCUAAACAGUUAUCAGUAUUUCUUAUUGCACUGUUGAUUUGUCUGAAAAGUGCAAACUCUGUUGUAUGUCUUACAGGUAGAUUGAAUUAUAAUCAAGUAUAUGGUGAGUAUCAUUUAGGCCUGGCUUGGGAAGUUACAUUAAAAUGUAGCAGAAGAGUUUUGUUUCAGAAGCUUUAAACUAGUAACACAUGUAAACUUCAGUAAUAAAUUCUGAAGAAGAGUGGCAUACAUGUAUUGGUGAUGGAAGCACAUGAUUUCUACUUGGAGGAUUUGACCAGUGUGAAACCCAGUCAACAGCCAAUAAAUUCUUGGCUUGAUAGAAAAGGCAACACAAGGAUUUUGUCUGAGUAUUAUUAGUAAAAGCAAACAUAUUGUUUGCUGUUGGUCACAAAUGGGGUCUUCAUAUGAUCAGUAAUGAAGUAAAAAUCGGGUUUUGAAGUAAUAUGAUUUUAUUUACAAGAGAGCCAUAUGUAGAUGGCCAUUUCUCAGUUGAUGUCUUAUUUUUGACCAAUCAUAUUGCAGCAUUUUACAUUGUUUCAGACAGUAACAGAAUUCAGCUGUUCCUGUUUUAAUCCUGUGUUGUAUUGAACGAGAUAGCAUAAUGAGUGACAGAUGCAUAUUUUUGGCUUUUAAGACAAAUAGCAAUCUUGCUGUGUUUUCUGAUUCCAAAAUUUCCUGUCAAGGCAGAUGUCUUGCAUACCUACACCAGACUUCUGCUCAGCAAAUUUGGCCUCAUUUUAUUAUUUGUGUGAAAGGUGAUAGGGAAUUAGUAGAUAUUCUUGGCUUUAUUUUACACAUUGAUGAAGGAGACAAAAGGUGUCUAGACACAGUACAACCAUAAUGAGCUUAUUUGUUAAAUCAGUAGAGAUAAUGUCUGAAUGUUCAGAGAGCUACCCUAAAUGACCUAAAAUUCUACCACAAAAUAGCAUUUUUGGAGGCAAAUAAAUGUCAUGAGAUAUUACUUCUGGUGCUAAAAUUUGCAUUUUCCAAUAUGAUAUUAUCCUACCUUCCAAACACCUCUGAAAGUAUCUGUCUAAACUCAGUAGAACUCCCAGAAUCUGGAAAUAUGAGCAGCUUUGUUAUGGACGACAUUUUAGGUCAUCUAGGGUAAUUACGCUUGCAUUGUGGCCAAAUGUGUCCAUAUCUAAAAUACACUUUUAUAGACGUUAAUAGAUAUCAAAACUUUCAAGCGCUUUAUUUCUGCCAGGCACUAGGUUUUAUAUGCUCAUACAUACAUUUUUAUGGUCACUUUGAUGUACUGUGCAUGUAGAAUCCGUUGAUUUUUGUAUAUAAAAUGUUUUAUGAGAUUAAAUUGUUCUUGUGUUUUGUACAGUGCUGUAGUCUUAAUACUGUUUAGUCGAUGGAGUGCUGGCUAUAGAUAGUUGAUGAUGUAUGUAGAACAGAUACAUCUAUAGUGGCCAGAGAAGACUUGUGAUAUAUGAUUAUAUUAUGAUGAAUUAUACAUUUAAGCCGGACAGUGUAAUGAUACUUACACUUAGAAAUAGACAUCUGAGUUGUGGAUAACUAAAGUUAUUUGUUGAAGCUCUUUUUUUUUUAUAGCAAAGUUAGUGUAACAGCAAAAGUUUCAUUAUUUCUAUGUUUCGUAAUUGUUAAGAUAUCUCAUUUGUGUUACUGUUAUUUGAGUGUUAGUGAUUCCCUGAGAAGGGGAGAGUGUACUGAGGCUGUUUAUCAAAGCAUCAGUAAGUCAUAUGGUGUCGUUUUGAGAAACAGCCCCAUGGACCAGUUUCUGGUGAAAGUUGCAAAUCUCCGUGGAGAUGUAAAGAUAGUGUUCACUGGAAAUAAUUAUACUUGGGCUUCUUCAGUACUGUAAUUCGUCAACUUUUUCGCAUUUUUUGCAAGGUGUUUAUUCAUAUUCUCUGUGUUAUUAUUAGUCUGUGUUGACUUAAAUUAUACUUUUUGUGAAGCCCUGACACUAGUCAGUCAAACCAAUGUAGUUUUAUCUCCAUGAUCAAAUUAAAAAUGUGCAUAAAUUGCGCUAAAAGCUGCUCUUUCAUAUGCAAAAAUGUUGAGGAACUAGGUUAGGUGUAGGUGUGUUGUAGGUAGGUGUUCUGUAGAUUGUUAUUCGGCAUUGUGAUUCUGGCUGACUUCAUUUGACUUCUGUUGGCCCAGAAAAACGGCAUUACGAUCAUUUUCAGAGGUAGGCGCUGAAUUGCAUUGCACCAUAUUUCAAAUUACAAAAUUUUGGACACCAUGUGUAGUCCUUAAAAUUCUUUUUUAAAUACCGUUGGUUAGAAAAGAUAUAAAAGCAUGUAUUGAGAUUCCCAGUUUUGAAUGUGCAGAGGUGCUGCUUCUCUAAUCUGCUCCUUCCUGUGCUACUGUUUAUUUGUUUGUUUACGUCAUUUAUUUGUAGAGCAAAAUGGUACAGUGUCAUUCAUGAGUUGUGUAAGGUUCGUGCGCCUGACUGAAAAAAAAAAGAAAGUGUGAUACGUUGGAGAAAAUGAGUAUGGUGCGUUUUUUGUGAACACGGAUUUGAAAUAGCCAUGAACAAACUUGUGAUACUGUAUAUUUACAUGUCUAAAAUUUCUGUAUUGCAAUUUGUAUUUUGUCUUCCAGUUAUUUCAUAUCUGGAUUCGUAUAAUAGUGAUCCCAUAACCUUAAAUUUAUACUUUCUCUGGUGUUAAACAGCGAGUAAAGAGAUCCUUACAAUAUUAAGUCCUAUGGGGAGUAGACGUUUAGACGUUAAAAUGGCAUGAUUUUGUUAAUAUACUGACCAAUUUUCAAGGUCAUAGCUUGAGUAGUCUACACACAGGGUUACAAUGAAAACAUAGCCUCAAAAACGCAUGUUCCGGUGACCCACAGGUGUCAUGAGUAGAGCCAGCACUGCACCUGUAUGACACGCGUCAAUCAAGUGUCGUCUGGAAAAAUUGUCUGGCUCUAGUGUCAGAGAAACCCUUCUGCCAGAUAGGCACAAGUUUUGCUGAAUCAAGGUGGUUUUCUCUGCGGCGGACAAGGAAUUGAUCACAUUUUCAAGUAAAACAUUUUGUAAUGUCCGGAACAUGCGUUUUUGACUCAAUUUUUAUUUUGGUCCCAUGAACAGAAAUCUUAAAGGUUGAAAUUGAAAUUUGGUAUGUUUGCUUAGACAUACUGGCUUUUGAGUGUGUAAAUUUUUAGAAGCUGACGUAAGAGGGUUUCGGAGAUGUUGAGUGUCAAGGUACGGCCUAUUUUUUAUGCCCACCCGAUAUAUUGAACAAAAUAUGUUAAGUCAUUUUGAAUCAUAAAAAUCUGGUCAUAAUGUGUUGGUAUCAUCGACAUGGAGAUCCGUUAACAUUUUAAUGCAAUAUGAGAGCAAAUCCGACUUUUUCCAGAUUGGGGACAUUUCUGUGUUUUUCUUGUAUAAAAUGUAUACCCGAAGAAUGUACUUUUUGCAGGUACCAGCUUUAUGGGUUUUCCACAGCAAUAGAUUGAAACGCUUAACCCUGGUGGGACUAACAUAUAUAGAUACGUUAGUAUCUCGCACUUGCUGCCUGGACAUGCAAGAUGUGUAUAUUAACUGUUCUGUUUUAUACACAAAGGAUGUUCUUUGUAUUAGAUUUGCCCAAAGUUUUCCCAAAUAUAUCUGGUAUACUUUUCUUUAAUUAAUCAAAGAUUUUUGUCUGGCAUAAUUAUCAUCUAUACAAGUUGCUAUAAAAGUCUCGUCUUCAAAUAAUCUUCUGUUGAGUUAGUAAGGAUUUAAUCGAAGAUGGAAUGUAAUAAUAAUAUAGGAAACCUUUUCACACCUAAAGCUUGUUUUUUAAAGUGUCAUCAUGUAGUAUAUGGCCCAUUCCUAUGUUAUAACUUUUGUGGAAGUUGAAGGGAGCUUGUAAACGGUUUCAUACCACCUUAAUUUCAUGUUACUGGUGUUACCGAUGCAGUGUCAGCUAUCGUGUAGCACACUGGUGUCAAUUUUUAUUCAGUUCACGUCACAUUAAUUGGGAACCAAGCGACUUUUGUCAGUGGAACAGGUGCUUGACGCAUUCAUACGUUGGCAACAUGAUCGCAUUAAACAAAGGCAUAAUUGAGUGGAGCCUGGGCUCUACAAAUACAUUAAUCAAUAAACAAAUUGAUAUUAAA